GUCUUUUGGCUCGUGUCGUAUAGGUCAACGCCACGCGUACAUUGAAGUGAUCUAUAUGCCUCCAAGCCACCUCGAUGCUGUAUCUUCAAUCUGCACGAUGCUUAGAUGAUCCAAGGUCUUACUGGCAAGGCAUGGUCAGAUAAAUCGGACGAACAAAGGUGAAGUAACCAACUUUAACCAGCCUAAAUAGCGCCAUGGGUAAGCCAUGGACAGCAUACUAUCGGCUGGCGCUUUGGGCGCUUCUGCUCGGCGCUGCGAUGGCCCAACGGCAACUCCAUCGCACACCCAAUGGUUCGCACCAACAGCCACGACGGCAGCAGCAACAGCAGCAACAACGGCGGCACUUAACAGCCGGCACCCCCUGGCAUGGUCAGUGCGAGCGCUAUGAGUCGCUGUACGAGAGCGGCAUUUGGGAGGACACGGUGUUUUGGCAGGAGGGCGGCAUCACGGAGGGCCUUAUGGGCGCCGCGAUAGGCAACAUGAGCUUGAACGGAGGCGUAUACCGACGCGUGGCCAUGCCCAUGUUGUUACUAAAGGGGCAGCUGUACCUGCCAGCUGAGGUUUACCUCAACCAAACAUGGCAUUGGUACGGCAGGAAUUUUCUGACGUGGAUUCACGCGCUCAAGCGGAUUACGGAGCGCUGGGGGGCCUCCGUACCGGAUGUGGAAAUAUUGAUAGCGGCAGAUGACGACCCCACACAGGACGCUGCUGACCCCAACCUCUGGAAGCAGGGCCCCUUGUGGCCGAUCAUGAAGCAGUGCAAGUCCAGCCAAUCAGCAGACAUCACGAUCCCCAUCUGGCACCUGUACAACAUGCACCCCAAUACCAAGCUAUUCUCACAGAUUGAUCGACUCAAUCGGGAAACCCCCUGGGAAACCAAGCUGCAGCGAGCAUACGGCGCCGGCCAAACAUACCACCGCACCAUGCCGCUGACAGCGAACAACCGCACCUUCGAGGGCAACAUCAGCUGGCCCGACAACGCCAUGCUGCGGGAGAAGUUUGCGCAGUACCUCAAAGAGGAGCUGCGACAUCCGGACAUCGUGUACGAGGAGUUUUCGCCCAUUGAGACGUGGGGCAAGAACAAGAUGGUGAUCCAUAUCGAUGGCAUCACAUGCUCCUCCCGCGUGUGGCAGUUGCUGGCGCUGGGGAGCGUCGUACUGAGGGAGCAGUCCAACUACUACGCCUUUUAUGACAAGCUCCUGCACAAAUUCGUCCACUUCGUUCCCUUUUGGCAGCACCGUCCUCGUGAGGUGCUGUGGGCCUACAACUGGGUGACGGAGAAUGACGAGGCCGCCCGCCGCAUCGCAGCGCGAGGCCAGGCAUUCGUGCGGGAUGCGCUUACCAUGGACGCGCUGGAGUGCUACUGGCUGAUGCUCCUGAGGCAGCUGGCGGAUCUGCAAAGGUACGACCCGGGAUCUGCGAAUGCCGUACGGAAGGUCAAGACUGCAGCCAGCAGCGCGGCGGGUGGUGGUGUGCCGCAAGCAGCAAACUCCUCUACGACGACGACGACGGCGGGGCCAGCUGCGGGGUCGGGCGGGUAUUACUACGUCCCUGUAGAUGAGUGGCUGGCGACGCAGGACGCGGCGCGGAUGCAUAACUGGGUUGAGGGCUACUGCGUGAACUUUGGGAAGGCGCAGGAGCUGCUGCCGCCCACUCGGUUGUAUAACGGCAAUGCGUAAGGUAGCCCCAGUGUUUUUAAAACUUUUUAGGCUGGGUAAUUAUUUAGGAGCCAAGUGGUUACUUUGGGCCUUUUCGGGUGUUAUGUUAGUAACCACCAAAUAUUUUUUCCGGCCGGCCGGCCGCUCGCUGGUUGUCCUUGCAGGGGUGGUUAUUUUCGGGGGGUGGCGGCCAUUUUUCCAGUGACCACCUGGUUACUUCCAGGGUAGGCCAAUAAUUUCCUAGUAACCACCCGCCGGAGGGGAAUUAUUUUCUGAGUAACCACUUGGUCACUAGUGACCACUUUUAAAAACACUGGGUAGCCCUGUCCAGCAACGGUGGAGGAGCAAGAUGAGGGCAAGGAUGUGUGGCUAUGCAUAGAAAUAUGUGCUUGUAGCAAUAUUCGCGCCGACGUCUGCUACCAUGCAGGUAACGUGGUCGAACAAAAGCAUGCGUGCGUUUAGCCGCGCUACAUCCUCCCUUGCUGCUAGUCACAUAGGAUAGGCUAAAAGGCUUGGAACAGCCAACAGCUGGAGUGGACUCAAGAGGGUGUAUGUUGGUUUUCAGUGUGUUUGUGAACGUACUAUAGUUUGCAUGUGCGUAGGUGUCUAGGAGAGGGUACGGGAUACCAUGCACGAAAAGGGCAUUGAGCUCGGCACGGCUGACGGCUGACCAAACCCGGACUGGCCCGCAGAGACUUGGGUAAGAAGGUGUGUGUAGUUGAGUAGAACAAGAGCAAGCAGUGUGCGUGUGUGUGUGUGUGUGUGUAUCGCGUGCAUGUGCGGUGAUGUGUUGCAGCAACUGAGAGGGGUAACGGUGCUGCACGGCUGUGCAGUGCAUUGACUUCUACAACAGCAGUGCUUUAUGCCGCUCUGUGAACAACCCGUCUGAGCAAUCAUCAACAAACGCGCCUGCGCGCUUGCGUAGGGCACAGGAUGUAUUACCUUGUCGUAUAGAGUUAGGUUACAAUUUAUCCGUUGACGUAUUGAAUGGCAUACUGCGGAAAGGGCCCUUGGACGGUGCCAUACAGUCAACGGCACACAGCCAAUGAGCUGAACACAUGGCUUGAAGGUGAGGCGGUUAGGUACCGGGCCGGGCACGUGACAACAAUUGCGAUCAACAGUCGCUUAUGCACGCGCGCUGCUCGUUCCUUCCUAAGCUUCCUAGCUGUUAAGCUGCUGCGGUGGUGUGGGGUUACUGUAUAGCAGCAUUAUCGAAAGUGCUUUCCGGAAGAUGAUGCCGGAGUCAGGGCCAGGACGCUGUUAGUUGCCGUGGGGUGCCCCUACGCAUUGCUGAAGUGCAUUGCAUGUUUGGAGUUGUAG